UCGAAUGCCAACUGCUCAUCUACCGCGAGCAAGAACUGGACAGCAUGCUAUCCUGGCCUCCCACCGAUGACGUCACAAUCAACCAUCCACCCAGUGCUGACGUCAUGGGCGGAAGACUGAGACCAUCUGUAGGUGACGUCACAAUGGGGAACCCCAAUGCUGACACCAUACAAAAUAUACUGAAGCAUCCUGUGGGUGACGUCACAAUGGGGAAUCUCAAUACUGGAGGUAUAUCAGCUGGAAUGAGACAUUUCGCUGGUGACGUCACAGUGGGGAAUCCCAGUGCUGACACCAUACGAGGGAUACUGAAGCAGUCUGUUGGUGACGUCACAACGGGGAACCAGAAUACUGGAAGUGCAGUGUCAGGAAUGAGACAUUUCGCUGGUGACGUCACAGGGGGGAAUCCCAAUGCUGAUGUCAUAGGCGGACGACUGAGGCCGCCCAGCAUGGAUGUGCACGUUGGUGACGUCACACAGGGUAGAGCGCAGUAUGCUUCACACUGUCCCAGGAGUUGGGACUCUCUGCUGUGUUGGCCCCCCACUAAACCUGGACAUACGGCAACGAUGGCUUGCUUCCCUGAGCUGAAUGGUCGGGCAUAGUUCUGAAAAGCUGUCCCUGGAUGGCUACCCAUAACAUUGAUUGGAUCUACCAGGGCCCAGCAGCUGUCAUACUAUUCGUCAAUGUCAUUUUCCUAGUCAUGAUCAUGUGGGUUCUGAUAACCAAACUGAGGUCAGCUAAUACAGUGGAAACUCAACAAUAUAGAAAGGCAGCUAAAGCAUUAUUGGUGCUUAUACCUUUGUUGGGUAUCACAUAUAUUCUAGUCAUAUAUGUACCCAGUCAUGGAGUAACUGCUAAUCCAUUGGCGUAUUGCCGGGCUAUACUGCUGUCAACACAGGGUUUCACAGUAGCACUGUUCUACUGUUUCCUGAAUUCAGAGGUGCAGCACACGCUCAGUUCGCACUUUGAACGCUGGAAGGAGGCAAGGCAGAUAGGAGGAGGAGGUGGAGGAGGAGGGAGGAGGUAUACCUAUAGCAAGGACUGGUCCCCCAAUACUAGAACAGAAAGUAUUCGCCUCUGCAGCACUAACCAGGUGGGAGGAGGAGGUGGAGGAGGCGGAGGAGGAGGAGGAGGCAUGAGUUACAAGAAGCGCGAAUCAACAGUUAGUGAGACAACCACAAUGACUCUGGUUGGCGGUGGUGUGGGGUCGAAUCGGGUGAGCAACGGGUCUAUGGGACCCACUAUGGGGUCUCUCAGACCCCCACAGGGGUCUACCAGUCCCUAUUUGGAGGUGGCGCCUCUCGAGAAUGCCGUGUGAAGAGGUAGAAGUUAAAAAAAAUUCAGAGAAGACUAACCUAUAAAUUUGGAAUAGUCAGGUAAUAAGAAAGGAUUGUAAGUAGCAGUAAAAGAAGAAUGGGAAAACUGAAGACUGGAGGAGAGAAAGAAUAAAAAUAUAAUGAAAAAGAAACAGAGAACAAGAAGAAGGAGAAGAAGAAGUAGAAGACUGGGGAAUUGUAAAAGAGGAGAGAAGUAGAAUAUCUAGUGGACAAGAGAAGAAACAUAUGCAUUUUGACAUGAUUUAUGUUCCUUUCCCAGAAUGAUAUUGUAUGUAUCAAUGUAUAAAUAAAUAAAUAAAUAUAAAUAUUGGGGGGAAGCUCCAGAAUAAGAUAAAGAAUUAGGAAAAGAAUUAGAAGAAUGAGGUUAUGAAUUAGAAGACGGCAAAAGAAGAGAAGAAGAAUAUGAGAGAGAAGAGAUGAUGAAGUGGAACACCAAGUGCCGGUUGCACAGAAGUCGGUUA